CAGGAAGCUGUAGAUUAAACACACAACAUUACCGAGAGAGAAAAGACUGAGUGAAGACGUUCUCCUGCCAUGCAGUCCUGCAGCGUUCACCACUGUGUCCUGCUCUUACUCACCCUCACAUUCACCACUGCUCCUGUAGCAGCUGCGGUCUGUCGUGUCCACGCAAAGCUUCAUCAGCGUGUGACUCUCCCAUGUGCAAAGGUUUGUUCUGGUGAGGCCAAGUGGACCUUACAACGUAAUCGAGAUGUUGUCUUCGCUCGGUGUGAUCAGACAUCAUGCAGCUCAGUGGUGAAGGGAUAUGAAAUGUCUCAUGAUCAGUACCUGAAGGGAGAUCUCUCUCUCACCAUCACUGCAGCUGAAUACAGUAUGAGGAACACGUACGCGUGUGAGUGUGGAGGCAUAGAUCACGCUGUGUGGCGUCUCAGCAUUGAGACCGUGUUCUCAGCAGUUCAGGUGAAGCAUGAUGGAGAUCUGAUCCUGGAUCUGACCGUACCAGAGCCAGUGGAGGUGAUUUAUACAAGCAGUGAUUCAGCUGAUGGUGAACGGAUCUGUAACGUGACUCAACACUCACUACAGUGUAAAGCUGAAUACACACACAGAACAUCACUCAGAUACCCAGAGCUCACACUGAGAGACGUGACGUACAGUGAUAGUGGACUUUACACCAUCCGGGACACGAGGAAUAAAGAAGACAUCCGUGUGUACGCUGUCUCUGUGACAGGGGACUGUGCUGUACCACACUGGGUAAUGAGGGUGAUAGCGGUGCUGACUGCGUUUGUGGUGAUGUUCUGUGCCAUGUUUUUUUGGUUUAUCCAUAAAGUCUACUGUAACUGUUGUAAACACUCCAUUUAAGAUUCCUGAAAACUGAGGACUCCCGAGUGGAGCAACAGAAAAGUCCUCAGGAGAUCACAAGUCUGAAUGACACAGCCAUCCGUGCUCAGGAGCCAAGAGCGAUAAAACCGGCAGUGCUGUCUGGGUGUUCUGUCUCUCCCUGUCAAUCACAGCAACACACGCCAAUCAUGGGCAUCUGUAAGCUCAUGUAUUUGGAAGAAGACCAGUAGCGCUUUCCUCAGAGUGUGUUACGCAGCCCUGUGAUGCAGCAUGAGCAGCAGUAGAAACGUUGUGGUUGAUUUCACGUAUUUCAGAAGAAGCCUGUGUCAGCCUUCACCCUCCUGGUUGCUAGCUGUUAUGUGAUAGGUGUAUGGCAUGGUUGUUGGUGCCAGAUGGGCUGUUUAAGUAUUUAUAUAACUGCUGAUCUUCUGUGAUUUUCACACACAGCAGUCUCUAGAGUUACUCAGAAUGGUGCAAUAAAGAAAACAACAUUCAGUGAGCGGGAUUUCUGUGGAUGGAAACACCAUGUUGAUGAGAGAGGUCAGAGGAGAAUGUCCGGACUGGUUGGAGCUGACAGAAAGUCUAUGUAACUCAGAUAAUCACUCUGUACAAUUGUGGUGAGCAGAAAAGCAUCUCAGAAAGCACAACACGUCGAACCAUGAGGUGGAUGGGCUACAACAGCUGAACACCAUGUGGGGUUCCUCUUCUGUCAGCAAAGAACAGGAAGCUGAGGCUGCACUGGGCACAGACUCACCAAAACUGGACAGAUGAAGACUGGAAAAACGUCGCCUGAUCUCCAUUUCUGCUGAGGGACACAGAUGGUUCGGUCAGAAUUAGGCACCAACAGCAUGAACCCAUGGACCCAACCAGCCUUGUAGAUCACCUUUGGGAUGAGGUAGAACGAGAGAUUCACGAAAUUAAAUUGCAUCUGAAAAAUGUGCAGGAACUGCGUAAUGCAGUCAUGUCAACAUGGACCAGAAUCUCAAAGGAAUGUUUCCAACACCUUUUGGAAUCCAUGCCAUGAAGAACUGAGGCUGUUUGGAGAGCAAAGUGAGGCCCAUGCCAGUAUUAGUGUAGUGUUCCUAAUAAAGUACUCUGUAAGUGUAUGUGUCUAAGCCCACGAUUAGCUAGUGUAACUGUGAUUAACAGGAGAGAGUGAAUAUGCCCCUCCCACCCAGAGAGUACGGCCAGUUUAGCUCUCUUGGCUCCUUUCCACAGAUGUGGCAUUGAAGGAAUCAAACUCACGAUCUUUGGCUUUAGUGGUCAUUAAACAACACUUUUAUUUACAUUUAUAUCAAACAAUUACAAAUAAAAACUCACAUAUUUAUCCUAGUAGCUUUAAUCUGCUAUCCACAUGAAACAUGCCUAUCAUCUAUAAACUGCACUUUGAGAAUCGUUUGAAGAAAGGAAUGUAAUUUUAGGGAUUUGGAGACCCCUCUGGUGGAAACAUGUCACUGCAAGCAAUAAUAUUCCAUAAAUUCUGCUCCCCCACACAAACACUGGAUUAAUCUAUUGUUGUGUAACAUGUCAGUACACAUUCAGGGAGAAUUCAAGUGCUCAGAAAUCUGAUGUGUUCUCCACACUAACUCACUAACAUUCAUCUGAACAUCCUGUGUUGGUUUAAACAUGCUUCUUCAUUUUUACAUUUUACAUGGAAGCCACUUGUUUCUGUGUUUAACAUGUGCCCUGGUUUGAAAUGAAGGACAUUUUAAAAUGCAGAUUCAUGUGAGUUCUGUCUCUUUAUUGCAAAGUAUUUUGAGCUGAAAUACAGCUGGGCUUAUUUAAAUAUAAAUAAAAUGCAUUAUUAUUUAUAUGAGAGACAUGAGCUGCUUUCACAUUAGGAUUAAACUGUGGCUGUAAAACUCUGCCCUUUACAUUAUCUUAUAAAUCUAUUCUGUUUAAUAUAUUAAAUAUAUUACAGUCUUUCUUCCUCUCUUUCUCUCUUUCUUCUCUGUGAAGGCAGAAGAAGUGAUCUGAGUUGUUUCUUCCAUCUUUUGGUUAAAUAAAUAAAUUCUC